AUGUCUUCUUCGGGAAUCAACGACGGCGAGAAGAUGGUGAGACUGAGAGCCAAUGACGGCGAGGAAUUCGAGGUGGCGGAGUCCGUGGUAAUGCUAUCUCAGACAGUCAAGUUCGUAGUGGAGGAUGCCGGCUUGGGAGAAGAUUCUGUUAUCCCAUUACCCAAAGUUGAUGGAAAAACUUUGGCUAAGAUUCUCGAGUACUGCAAAGUGCAUGCUGCAGAUGGCAAAAGCAAUGCCGAGAAGAAGGAGUUCGACAAGAAGUUCGUGGAGGUGGACCAGGCGGAGGUUUACGAUCUUCUCACGGCGGCGAACUAUCUGGAGAUAAGGGAGUUGUUGGAUAUUAUGAUCCAGAGAGUUGUGGACAUGAUCAAAGGUAAAACCGCUGAGGAGAUUAGAAAGAUUUUCAAAAUCAAGAACGACUUCACUCCGGAGGAAGAAGAGGAGAUGAAAAGGGACAAUGCUUGGGCGUUUUGA